CGGUCACGUGGCGCGGGGUGUCACGUGGAGCGCGCGCGCGGAGCGGCCGCAGGUGCGCCCAGGUGCGCCCACCUGUGCGCAGGUGCCGCCAUGGCCGCCGCCCGCCUGGGCUGGCCCCGCCCGGGCUCCUCGGUGCUGCUCCUGUGCGACCUCCAGGAGCGGUUCCGCCACUCCAUCGCCGCCUUCCCGCAGAUCGUGGCCGUGGCCGCGCGCCUGCUCCAGGGCUGCCGCCUGCUGGGGGUGCCGGCGCUGGUGACGGAGCAGCGCCCGGCCGUGCUGGGGCGCACGGUGCCCGAGCUGGGGGCGCAGGGCCUGCCCCACCUGCCCAAAACCGCCUUCAGCAUGGCGGGGGCGGCGGCGCCGCUGCUGGGCCAGCCCGGGCUGCAGCACGUGCUGCUCUGCGGCAUCGAGGCGCAGGCCUGCGUGCUGCAAACGGCACUGGACCUGCUGGAGCGGGGGCUGGCCGUGCACGUGGUGGCCGACGCCGUCUCCUCACGCAGCCAGGUGGAGCGGGCCCUGGCCCUGGCCCACAUGCGCCAGGCCGGCGCUUACCUGAGCACCUGCGAGAGCCUCCUGCUGCUGCUGCUGCGCGACGCCGCCCACCCCAAGUUCCGACAGAUCCUGCCGCUGAUCAAGGAGCCCCCGCCGGACACGGGGCUGAUCCUGGGGGGGCCCCUGGGGGUGCUGGGGGGGCCCUGAGAGCCCCAAAAUCCCCAAAAUGAGCCCAAAAAUGAGCUCCGAAAUCCUCCUCAGGCUGGGGAGGGCCUGAGCCCCCCAAAUCCCCCAAAAUCUCCUCAAAAUCUCCUCAAAAUCCCCCAAAAUGAGCCCAAAAAUGAACCCAAAAA